UUUAUUUUAGAGUAUACAAAAAAGUCUUGUAGGUUAUCGCUACUUACUAAUUGAGGCUGAAGGAUAACCUUUUGAAAAAAAAAAAUUUGUUUGAUAAAUAAUUCUUCCACAAGCCAAGCGUCUACAGCAAUAUCACAGGAAUGGGAACAUAUAACUGCUGCACACAUCCCUCCCUACAAGAAGUAAAUUUUGGUGAAAGAUUUGCAUUCACAUGUAAUGGAUGUAGAGAACUUGGAUAUGGAUCUUGCUAUACAUGCCAACCACACUGCAACUAUCAUUUACAUAAUAUUUGUCGAAAUGCUCCUCCUACAAUGUCUCACCCAUUCUUUAAACAAUGCCAAUUUGUGUUAGAUAAGAGUAUAAUACCCCCACCAAAACAUCACUAUUACCAAGGAUUAGAAAAUUUAUGUGUUGCUUGUGGAACUAGUGUACAAGGAUGGAGGUAUGUCCAUACUAUCAAUGGGUCUUAUCCCAUAUUUAUGCACCCACGGUGCAUGACAAUACCUUACUCUACGUUGUAUACGAGGCUCGAAAGCAUUGACUGUGCGCAUUGUCGAGGCACGAUUAGUAUGGGAAGUGAUCAAGGAGUUAAGGGAUGGGGCUUAUAUAUUGAGCAUGGUGUUGUGGUGCAUGUUAAGUGUGUUAAAGAGAUGUUGCAUAAAGAUUGGGAGAGAAGAUAUUAUGGUGUGAUUCCACAAUAUGUGGAUAAUAAUUAUAAUGAUAGGGAAGAACAUGGUCAAGCAAAUCAAGUAACAGGAAUGCUUUGGAAAGUCACAAAAAUGGUUAUUAGACAUUCAAUAUAUCAUGCAUUGGGGCUUUCUCAUUUGAGUGUGCUUGAGCUUGCAAGCUAUAUGUUUUGAUGGUUUUGAUUGGAUUUAUUGUGCUUUUCACUAUGGCAUAUUGAUAGGUCUCUUGAAUUGUAAUCUAUUACAUGUAUUUGGUAGUAAAUAUUCAAGAAUGUUGGAUUAUGAGUAGUUCCUUGAUGGUGUGAACAACAUUUUUCAAUUCCUUGUAAUAUUUGUCCGAACAAAACUUAAUACAAUUGGCGGUAAUCUGGUUACUCGAAGAGAAACAACUUUCUGGAAGUGAUUUGUAAAAUCAAGAUCGACGGUUAGAAACUUUUGCUAGAAUGCAAUUUGAUUUUUUUGAUGAUAAGAUCAUGUGUUUAGGUAGGCGAUAAAAUGAAAACAAUAUAAAUAGUUUGCAAAGAUUCUUACAAUAUGAUCAAAUGUAGUGAAAUAUAAAACAAGAAUCAAAAAAUUCUUAGUGUAUAUAAAGUUAUUUCUCAUAUUUUUCUUGUCAUCACAAAUUACGUGUAUGUCCUAUAUUGACAUCAUGACAUGUAUUGCAUGAGUACAUCCCAUUAUUUCAUCCCAUGUAAUUGAAUAAAACAUCA